AUGGCAAAACGACAAACAAUCCCGUCUUUUACCAAAUUAUCUGAAAGAGUCGUGCGUAUUCUUGGUGAAAACCCGGGCAAAUUUACAUUACAAGGUACAAAUACAUACCUAAUCGGUACGGGUUCUCGGAAAAUUCUUAUCGAUACCGGAGAAGGAAAACCAAAAUACAUUCAUACACUUAGUGAAUCAUUAGGAAAACUAGGAGAAAAUGUAUUUAUUACUGAUAUAUUGAUAACUCAUUGGCAUAUUGACCAUGUUGGGGGUAUAGAUAGCCUUCUUCAAUAUUUAAAGGAAAAUAAUCACCCCACACCAACUAUUCAUAAGCGACUGAAUCCUGCAACGGAUAAACUUCACCACGUAUAUAAACCUAUAGAAGAAAAUCAAAUAUAUCAAACAGAUGGUGCAAGUCUUCGUGCAAUUUUCACUCCAGGGCAUAGUGUAGAUCACGUCUCAUUUUAUUUGGAAGAAGAAAAUGCAUUAUUUACUGGUGAUGCUGUAUUAGGUCAAGGAACAACUGUUUUUGAAAAUCUGGAAGAAUAUAUGACCUCUUUACAAAAAAUGAAAAAGUUAAUUCCAGAUCGAUUGUACCCUGGUCAUGGUCCAAUGGUCGAAGAUGGUAUGACCAAAUUGGAUGAAUACAUUAACCACCGCCUGCAGCGUGACCAAGAAAUACUUGGUGUCCUUAAACAAUCAAAUAAACCCUUAACAACUAUGGAGAUCGUAGAAUCAAUUUAUAAUGCAUAUCCUCGAGAACUUUGGAGGGCUGCAGAAGCUAGUAUAAAUUUGCAUUUAUAUAAAUUAGAAAACGAAUCAAAACCUGCGCUAAUUCAUUCUCCUUUUGACCGUCGUCAAAUACCUGAAAACAAGUCUUCCAACAGUGAUACUCAUACUAAUAACGUUGGAUAUAAAUACUAUUGGAAGAACAACUCAUCCGUCUCUUUAGAAAAUACGAUGACACCCCUUCCGGUAAACCCUUCGGCAUCUACUCUACUAACCUCUCAAAACGUUCGAUACGAUCGAAAUAUUAUAAUUGUGUCGAAAGAUAAGACAUUCAACAUUGCUAAGAAUUUGGAUACAGACUUAACCUGCAAAACAGAACUCAUAACUUUGUAG